UACAACAAUAUUGCAAAUUCGGGAGAAAUAAAUACUACAAUGAAAGCACCAUAAAAUGCCAUCUCAUAUCGUUCUCUGCAGUAUUUGAUGAGACGAGUUGUCAACGUCCUGUAGUGAUCAUGGCAGCUGCUUCACAAACAACCGAUAGAUAUACGUUCUUUUACGGUGAAAAGAGUGCCCCUUUCAGUCAGUUUCGGGCAGCAAACUUUGAGGUUGAUGGAGUGCAGUACACUUGUGCAGAGAUGUACAUGAUGCAUCAAAAAGCAGUGUUGUUUGGGGACCAUGAGAUUGCAGAGCAGAUUCUGUUAGGGACCAAGCCAAUGGCAAUCAAAGCUCUGGGCAGGAAGGUUAGGAACUUUGAUGAAGAAGUUUGGAAACAGAACAGGAGACAGAUUGUCAAGAAAGGAAACUUGGCUAAGUUCUCACAGAAUCCAGAUAUCCGAGCCGAGCUGAUGGCAACGCGAGGUACGACACUGGUGGAGGCAAGCCCUCGAGAUAAGAUCUGGGGUAUUGGAAUGGGAAAGGACAAUCCACACGCUAAGAACAAGAGCAAAUGGAGAGGUCAAAAUCUCCUUGGGUACAUUCUUACUGAGGUCAGGGAGGAACUUGAGAAGGAGGACCAGGACAAAUAAAAUCUUGAGCGGCACUCCCGAUGCUGACUUUUGGAGAAGCUUGUUCACUCAUAGUUAAAUAGAAAAUAUAAGAUAGAAGAUAGAAGAGUGUCUUGCUGUAGAGCUUAAAGGGAUCCGAUACCUUUGUCUGAGAUCCUUU